AGAGAGAGAGACGCCGGUGGCUGGUUGUGGUGGAAGUGUGUUUGUGACUGAACAUCAGAAGAGAGCAGGCGGAUGAUCCACCGUGUGAUCUGUGUAGGCAGAAUGGAGGUCUAUCCUCCCGAAAGUGAAAGGAUGAUGGAGGCUUGGCUUGACGACAACCUAGAGUUCGCAUAUUCUUAUUUUGUACGAAAGGCUUCUCGGGAAAUGGUCAAUGCUUGGUUUGCUGAGCGUGUCCACUCCAUUCAGCCAUCUAGGGAAGGAUCAAAAGCCCCGGAAGAACCUUUAUCAGCCCUCCAUCAAACUGAUGCACCAUCUCCAAGUCCAGCUCCAUCCACCCCUACACGAAAGAUCUCUGCAUCUGAGUUUGAUAGGCCGCUUCGCCCCAUUGUUGUGAAAGACGCUGAGGGUUCGCUUACUUUUCUUAGUGAUACAGAAAGGGUGCAGAUGCCACUUCCUCCACCCCAGCGGCCUGGCUUAGGCAAUGGGACAGAUGAGGGUAUUAUGAAUUCAGGAGUUCACGAAUAUGGGGACCGCUGUGCUCGUCUGCUGGAGCUUGUACGUGAUGUUUCAAGUCACUUGGACCUUACUGCCCUCUGCCACAAGAUCUUCUUACACACUCAUGAGUUGAUAGCUGCAGAUCGCUAUUCGUUUUUCUUGGUUGGAGAGGACAGUUCAAACAGGAAGUUCUUGGUUAGCCGACUCUUUGAUGUUGCAGAAGGAUCCACUCUUGAGGAGGCUUCCAACAGUGGUAUUCGCCUAGAAUGGAACAAAGGAAUUGUGGGAUAUGUGGCAGCCACUGGAAAGCCUCUGAACAUCAAGAAUGCAUAUGAGGAUCCACGUUUUAAUGCAGAAGUGGACCAAAUUACAGGAUAUAAGACACAGAGCAUCUUGUGUUUGCCCAUCAAAAACCACAGAGAAGAAGUUGUUGGCGUAGCACAAGCAAUCAAUAAAAGGUGUGGAGAGAACAGUGCCUUCACAGAACAGGAUGAGAGGGACUUUUCUUCAUACCUGGCUUUCUCUGGCAUAGUGCUACACAAUGCACAGCUCUAUGAGACAUCACAGCUGGAGAACAGGCGAAACCAGGUGUUAUUGGAUCUGGCUAGUCUGAUCUUCGAGGAGCAGCAGUCUUUGGAGGUCUUACUGAGAAAAACUGUGGCCACUAUCUUGUCUUUCAUGCAGGCCCAAGAAUGCACUGUCUUCAUUUCUGACAGGGAAACAGCUAACACAUUCUCCAGUGUGUUUCACAUGGAAUAUGAGGAGCUUGCAGGAUCCUUGGACUUCCCAAACAGAGAAUGUGAUGUCAACAAGAUUAACUAUAUGUAUGCCCAGUAUGUCAAGAACACUAUGGAGCCAUUGAACAUGGCAGAUGUCACUAAAGACCAGAGAUUUCCAUGGACAAGUGAAAAUCUACAAUCCUCAAACUGUCAAAUCAAGAGUCUACUGUGCACUCCAAUAAGGAAUGGGAAGAAAGACAAAGUGAUAGGUGUCUGCCAGUUGGUCAAUAAGAUAGAUGAAGCUUCAGGGGAAGUAAAAGCCUUUAAUAGGAACGAUGAGCAGUUUCUAGAGGCCUUUGCUAUCUUUUGUGGGCUGGGGAUCCAGAACACACAGAUGUACGAAGCAGUGGAAAGAGCAAUGGCCAAGCAAGAGGUCACACUUGAGGUCCUGUCUUAUCAUGCCUCGGCUGUAGAGGAAGAGACGCGGGCACUCCAGGUAACUGUGGCGGCUAUGAUUCCCUCUGCUCAAUCUCUCAGACUGCUGGACUUCAGCUUCAGUGAUUUUGACCUGACAGAUGCUGAGACGACCCAAGCAACCAUCCGCAUGUUUGUGGACCUCAAGCUUGUACAGAAUUUUCAGAUGAAGUACAAGAGUUUGUGUCAGUGGAUCUUAAGCGUAAAAAAGAACUACAGGAAGAAUGUGGUCUACCACAACUGGCGACAUGCCUUCAACACCUCCCAGUGCAUGUUUGCUGUGCUGAAGUCUGGGCGGUUUCAGAGCAAUCUGAGUGAUUUGGAGGUUUUAGCUUUAAUGAUUGCUACACUGAGCCAUGAUUUGGACCAUCGAGGUGUCAACAACUCCUACAUCAAAAGAAGCGACCAUCCACUGGCCCAGUUGUACUGCCACUCCACAAUGGAGCACCACCAUUUUGACCAGUGUCUUAUGAUUCUCAAUAGUCCAGGUAAUCAGAUUCUGAGCGGUCUUUCUCUGGAUGAGUACAAGGCAACACUGAAGAUGAUUGAAAAGGCUAUUUUGGCCACUGACCUGGCUCUCUACAUGAAGAAAAGAACAGAAUUCUUUGAGCUGGCUAAAAACAGUCAGUUUGUAUGGGAGGACGGAUAUCACAGAGAUCUGCUAAGGUCGAUGCUGAUGACAGCAUGUGAUAUCUCAGCUAUUACAAAACCCUGGCCAGUACAGAAGAAGAUAGCAGAACUGGUUGCCACAGAGUUCUUUGAACAAGGUGAUAAGGAGCGGAGAGAGCUAAACAUUGAACCUAUUGAUCUGAUGAACAGGGAGAAGCAGGAUAAAAUUCCCAGCAUGCAAGUGUCUUUCAUUGAUGCCAUUUGUACACAGUUAUAUGUGGCGCUGACGGGUAUCUCAGAGUACUGCUCCCCCCUGCUGGAAGGAUGUAGGAAGAACAGACAGAAUUGGAAGCUGCUCGCUGAGCAAGGAGAGGAAGCUUUGCUAAAUGGAGGACUGUAGCAUUUCUUUUGGCAUGCAGACGUCCUGGGACAUCAUUCCCUGCCCACUUCCCAGAGACUAAAGGAUUACGAGACCCUGGUUGGAUGAUAUUCACAUGACUGCACUGCCCAAUUCACAAAGCACACUGGAGCAGCUUUAAAAGUGCAAGGUUGGGUUAUAGAUGCAUCAGAGUAAAAUCAAUUAUUGAGCUGCGUACAGCUGUGCUAUGAAAGACUUGAUGAAAUAAAGAAGGAUUGAUAGAUCUUUAACUGUGCAGGUAAUCUAGCUGAUGAAGAAAUGCUUUAAAACUGUGAUUAAAUUAUCUUGACUCAUUAAAGGAAUGUUCCCGUUUCAAUACAAGUUCUGUCCUAAGCAUUUGUGGCAUGCUGUUAACAAAGAAAAUUAUUUCAGCUCGUCUUUUAAUUUGUAAAAACAAACAAAAAUGACAUUUACCAUAACACACACAAUAGAAUUUUAAGACGUAAGAUUUCUAAGUCAGAAGUGUACAAGUUUUAUUUUUGUAAGUAAUUGUAAAAUUGUAAAAAGUUGUAAAGUUGUCUUAAUAAUAAAUCACACUUUUAGCAGUGGAACUACUGUUCUAGAUAGAUUAAUUUAUGAAUUUCUAGUAUAAUUCCUGUGGGUGGAGUUGCUCCAUGCAAACAGUACUGUGCAGAUAAUUACAAUAGUUAAAACUCUGAUUUCUGGUAACCAUAAGCAUGGCUGGAGUUGAGAUAUUAGGUAUAAUAAUACACAGAUAAGCUUAGCUAGCAGUUCUAGCAUGUUUAGAUUUAUGUGUAUCAUGUAAUGUUUAUCUUUUAGUCAUUCUUUUGAAAAGCAUGUACUGUAUUCUAACAUUUAUACUAGUGCAGUGCUUUCCCUCACAGAUUUCCUAAUUCCAAUUUACCUGUUUUAUAACAUUUCAAAACUAUUUUACAUGGUAAUCAACAGCAAAUCAACUUGGAUUGAGCCCAGAACAUUCCUUAGUUGUAGUCUGUUAUUUUUUGUGCAGCUCACUCAUUGAAUUACUGAAAUAUGCACAUAUACAAAAUCUUAUUUUGCUUUAUUGCACAGCUUAAGUAAGCUGGUAUAAAAAUAACACAUCAAACACAAAGUAAUUUUUAAUUGUAUAACCACUUCCCAUGUCACUUUGUGUUACACCAUUAUACCAUGCUGUAGAGGUUUUUUUUUUGUUUUUUUCACCUACAUUGCAUAUAAAGUAAUCAAUAGCCUAUGAUAUGUGAACUUAUUUAUCAUCCGUUACACUAAUGUGUUAAAAUCCUUGACAAUCACAGCAAAUAUUUGUUUUGGAGUGUGAUGGAAAUAAGAUGUCUGUAGAAUUGUAAAGUUCAAUGCAAUCACUGUGUGCCCAUUUGGCAUGUUCAAAAAGAAACCUGUUCCACACUUGACAUGUUGAUGGAUCUACUAUUCUUUAAGUUAUUAUUUUACAAUAUUUGAUCAAUUAUAUAAAAUCAUUAAGGAUGCGCAUUUGAUCUAUUUAAAGGAAUUUAUAGUUGAGCAGUUAACAAAUAGGAUGGAAAAGUGUACAUUUUUAGUUGCUGUAGUUGGUCAUUGUUUUACAUUGUUCAUUUAUACAUUUCACUCAAAUACUCCUGUAGCGUAAAGUAAUAAGAUAUUAUUUUUUAGAAAAACAAAUAUGCUAUGUAGGAAUAUAUGGUCAUAAAAACUGAAUGCAUAAUUUAGUCAAAAAUAAGAAAAACCUUUUAAAAAUGAAUGUAUAUACAAGCAUAGAAUAUAACACACUCCUGUCAUUUUCUGUUAACUACAUGUCUUGCUAUAAAACGGAAAGACUGCCUGUCCACCUCUUCUCAUGCUAAUGAACCCAGCAGGUGUUUCUCUGAUGUGUCUUCAACUGAGCCAUCAGCAAUAGAAGACUUUGAAGUCAAAAGAAUGACAGGUUCAAAGCAGAAUGUGCCACCCUGCUUCAGAUGAAACACAUUUACAUCCUUUAUUCUGCUCGAUUUUCAUAAUUGAGACACUAGUCUCCUUUAUUUGUGACACACUUCUACACUCUUUUCAUUGUAGGUAAUUAAUGCAACACUGCUUUACAAAUUAAAACCUUCACUAAAUUCAAGACAGAAAGAGCUCAAUAGCAUGUGGUUUGAGUAAAUUCUGUCCUCAUACAUGGUUU